AUGUGCACAGGUGCUUUGGCUUUUUUGAUAGAAUCACGAAGAUCUUAUGAUUUGAUGGCAACUUCGUCGUCAUCAUCAUGGAAUGUUGUGAUGAUAAGAAUUGAAAACGAGAAAACUAAACUAAGCGUGCGACAUCAUACAGAAAGUUUUAUGAAACCAAUAAAUUUAAAUUCUUUGCUUCUUGUGGCAUGUCACUUUAUAAGAUGCAGUAAAGUGUAA